AUGCAUGUUAUCUUCCGGGUUGAAGGAGAAGGAGCUGCAGCAGGGAGGCGAAGAAAGUUUGUGAAAGAGCUAGCUUUGAAGAUGGACGACCAAUGUUUGGUUCUAAGUGGAGAGUGGGUGUGUGGGGAUGGAGGAAAAUGGGAUUUCAUCAUUGAGAAGCAUCGAAUGGGUCGUAUGGUGCCUGUGUACGAGGGCAUUGGUUGUGUGGAUCUUGAACGCAACGUUCUGCGGGAGUUUGUGGUCGAUGAAGCUCGUUAUGGUGUUUUGUUGAGCUACUGGCCACCAACAAGCCUGGAGCUUGCAACUGGGAUUAGGACCCCACCGGUGCUGAUUACAAAUGAUGGUACUGUGAAGUAUUUCUGCAAGCAUCUUAAGGUGACCGGGGCGAUGAAUCUGUUUGCUCAGUUUAAAGAGAAGCCAAAAAUUGUGGACAGUGAUGUUGUGGAUGACACAGAUAUGGGAUUUGUGUCACCAGAUGCAGCAAAAUUUUCGUCUGGGGCUAAGGAGAAAGCAAUUGUGGGUGUGCGUGGUUCUGAUGAAGAUGCGUAUCUGAAGCUCCCUGAGUAUCUGUACAUGCUUAAAUUGGCAAAUCCCGGUACAAUAGCGGAUUUGGAGACAGAUUUAGACGACGAUGGCGAUGAACGUUUCCUUUACUUGUUCCUUGCAUUUGGGGCUUCAAUAAGUGGUUUUAGGAAGCUUCGCCAUGUGUUGGUGAUAGAUGGUACCCAUCUUAGCGGCAAGUACAAAGGAGUUCUCUUGACAGCUAGUGGGCAGGAUGCAAAUUUUCAGAUUUUCCCUCUAGCUUUUGCCGUUGUGGACGCUGAGGACGAGGAUGCUUGGACCUGGUUUUUGCAGAAAGUGGAGAGGAUUUUAAGCGAUUCCCCCAGUCUAGCCAUAAUAUCAGAUAGGGCUGUGUGUAUUUCCAAUGCUGUGAGCAAGAUUUAUCCGCAAGCCAAACAUGGAGCUUGCAUAGUACAUUUGGCAAGAAACGUGAAUUCAAGGUUCUCAAGUAAGCACUUGGCAGAAAUGGUGACCAAGACAGCCAUGGCGCAAGAGCCACGUGAGUACAAAGAUCUUUAUGGGAAGAUCAGGGCCGCUAACAGUGCAUGUGGGGUGUAUUUGGGAAAAAUAGGUACAGCUCGUUGGUCAAGAGUAAAUUUCCCGGGUGAAAGAUAUAACAUCAUGACUAGUAAUAUUGCUGAGCAGUUGAAUAAUGCGCUAUUGGAAGGUAGAGGAGCCAACAUUCUAGAGUUGAUUAAGUUCAUUCAGAGAAUGAUGACUAGGUGGUUCAGUGCGCGUAGGAGGAAGGCGGAGAAACACAGUGGCGCUGUUGCUAUAGAGGUGGACAAAGAGAUGACAAAGAACAUGGCGACUGUUAAGGGGAGUUACAUAAAUUCUGUCAAUGAGUGGACUUGUCAGAUUUUAGGAAAAUUUGGGAGGUCAGACAAGGUUAUGCUAGCGGAGAGGAAGUGUAGUUGUAAGUAUUUUGAUAAUAUCAAAAUACCCUGUGGACAUGCAAUACUAGCAGCUAACGGGCUUGGAGUGUCAACGGAAACACUGUGCGGUCAUUGGUACAAAACAUAUGUGUGGAGGGAGACAUAUGCAGGUGUGAUAAAUCCAGAUGAAGAUCCAAGGAAUGUAGACAUACCUGAAGAAGUAAGCAAUAUGGUUGUAUACCCUCCCAUCACAAAGAGGCAGCCUGGGCGUCGUCGCAAGUCACGCAUUCCCUCCACGGGGGAGAUCAAGGUACCGAAGAAGAAGUUGAGUCAGAACAAAUGUGGGAGGUGUAGGGGGAUUGGACACAACCGGACUAAUUGCGCUUGUCCUAUCUAG